AUGGUACUGAAGGGCUCGCUGGAUGGGCAUUAUUUUCAACGCCGCUGCUUGGAUUUGAAGAAACAGUUGGCUAAUUACACUCGUAAAGUGGAUGGAAUGAAUAAGAAUGUGGAUGGAUGGAGUGAGAGCAAGGAUGAGGAGCGAGAAAUGGCUGAGCAUUCGGUGCCGGAAUCACACUCAAAUGCAAAUAACGGCUCAGAACAUCCAGCGGAUGAAGGACAACAAGCGGUAGAGAAUACAGACAUGAGGAAAUCUGAUGUACGAAAAGGAGUGGCAGUAGAAGACAAAUGGUUCGUUGCUGUGGCUGAUUUUGAAGCGCAGGAAAGCAGCGAUUUAAGCAUAAAGCAGGGAGAACAACUAAUAAUCAUAGCUACGAGGGAAGACGGCUGGUGGUUAGCGCAAAAUGAGCAUGGGAUUCGCGGGUACGUCCCGAAAACAUUCUUAAAAGCCUGUAAAGUGCCUGAAGGAACUAAGGAAGAUAAAACGGGAAAAAGAAUGAAUGAACCUGUACAAGCGCCUCGCCAACGAAUUACAACUGAAGUUAAAAGCCGAGCAUCGGCAAGAAGUGAAAAUGGUGCAGCUACGAAGCAAAGGACAGCAACAGAUUUCGGAGAAAAAGCGAAAAUAAGUGAAAAAACUAGUAAUAUGUCUAAGCCCGUUGCAAAACAAAAGGAAAGGACUGAGACAAUGAUUCUGGAAGAGUCAAUAUCCGAAAAUACCGAAGAUUCAGAAGCAGAAAGUGAUAAAUUAAAAGCCACGCCAGCAGAAAAUCAUCUCACAUAUAAAUGUUACUUGGCACCGCGUCUGAGCGAAUCAAAUCUUGCUUUCCACGAUAUUUAUUGGAACUAUGACGAUAACAGGGCAAGUUUUUUGAUCGAUCUUAAAUUCACUGGGCGUGGCACAACCACGAGACUGGCUAUCAAUCAAUGCAGUUGUCGUUAG